AUGACUGCACCGAGUUCGACAAGGGCAUUUAUCCUCGGGUCCAAAUCUCCCCGCCAACUGGGUGAAAAGACGAUUCAAUAUUAUAGUGCUUCGGUCCAGGACGUUCCGCUCCCCAAGGGAGAAGUCGUAGUCAAGGUUUUAUGUGCGGGAUUUAACCAUCGCGAGGGCUUUAUCCCGGGAUUAAAGAAGGAGCGACGAUGGGUGCUGAUGCAUCGGGAAUCGUGGUUUCCGGUCCCGAACACCUACUCAACAAACGAGUUCUCGUCGUGCCUAUGGUCGGAUGGGAGAGUAACCCUCGAGGAGCGGAUGGCAAGCAAGUCUCACUUCAUUCUCUCCAUUCCCCUGUUCGGGAUCGUGGGUGGUGUAUCACAUCCUGCGUACGGCACGUUCUCCGAGUACGUCGCGUUGGACGCAAAGUCUGUGAUCCUUGCGCCAGAACAUAUGUCUGAUGAGGAGGCUGGGGCUUGGGCUCUGGGUGCCGUUACUGCUUGGAGGGCGGUAGUCACCAAGGCUCAGGUCGAAAAAGGACACAACGUGUUAAUCGUACGUGCUCGUCUCUUCUCAUCUUAUCUUUCGUCGCUUAUUGUUCUUGUGUAUGGGAUGAAACAGACGGGUAUCGGCGGAGGAGUCGCUAUGAUUGCACUUCGGUUUGCCGUUGCACUAGGCGCAAACGUCUUUGUUUCUUCGUCGAAUAAGCAGACGAUUGAUUGGGCGAUCGAGGCGGGUGCCAAGGGUGGUGUAAACUAUCGAGAUGAAUCAUGGCCUAGAGAUCUGGCUGCACUUUUGAAAGAACAUAAUAUUACUGGUAUAGACGCGAUUAUCGACUCGGCAGGAGGAGAUUUACUAGGUAAAACUGGGAAAUCGUUGAAUCCUGGUGCCAAAGUCGUUUGCUACGGGAUGACCGCGUCGCCGUCGAUCCCGCUUGCGAUGCCCGCAGUGCUCAAAAACGUCGACUUGCUCGGAUCUACGAUGGGCUCCACGGCCGAGCUCCAAGCUGCCACCGAUUUUGCAGCCAAACACAAGCUCAAGCCGAGCGUGAGUGUUGUGCUCGAGGGACUGGAGAAUGCCGAACGCGGGUUCGAGUUGAUUGAAAAGGGCAGGGAGAGUGGCAAGAUUGUUGUUAGGGUUGGUACGAGAAGUGGGUCCGAGUCGAAGCUUUGA